AUGCCAUCUCUUCGAAAUAUUCUUCACAAGCGCGAGGAUCUAGCCAGCAGUUCCUCACAACAACCACCAGAGACAUCCUCUUUCAAAGCUCCCACUCCAACAUCCCCGCCAACACCCGAGUUCACCUUCCUGCGCUCAGAUACUUUCGGACAAGAAGUGAUCACACCUCCAACCCACAAAGAUGACCCUCCUCAGUUUCAACCAUAUUCUCCAGAUCCAGCAGAAUCCCUAGAUUCCCCGAGGACAAGCACAAAUUCUUCGCGACGCAGCUUUCAACUCUUCACCCGAAACCGCUCUUCUCGCUCAGAAUCUCUCUCUACUCCCUCUCCACCUCGUCCCCAACGUGAGCGUCGCCUCUCAAACCUCCUGCACCGUGACCGAGACGGGAAGCGCAGUCGCAGUGACUCCCGCGACUCUUCAGUGAAUAUCCCACAGGAUUUACCACAGAUCGAGGAUGAGGAGGGCGGUGAUAUACAAGAGAGGGAGGCGCAGUGGGAGAAGAGAGCUACCGUGCUGGUACAGCGUAACCCACAGUUUGGAUUGGGACUAGGGUCACCGCUGGCAUCGGAGUUUGAUGUUUCUGGUAUUCGUUCUGGUCAACAGAGUCGAGCACACUCGAGGAGCUCAAGUCAGAGUCAUGUUGCGGACGCACAAGAUGAUAUCAAUAUCCAGGAAGCCAUUAGACUACAUGAGUGCGGCGAUCUAGAAAGAUCGACCGAGAUGUUUGGCCAGCUGGCGAAUCCAAAUGGCGCCAAUAACCCAUUAAGUCAAGUCCUAUAUGGUCUGGCCCUUCGGCAUGGUUGGGGUUGUACCAAAGAUGAGGCGCAAGCUGUAGUGUAUCUUUCAGCCGCGGCAUCUAAUUCAGCCGCAGUUGAAUCUGAGGCUCUACAAGCGGGAAUCAAGAAAGGCGGCGCAGCGAAGGGAGAGCUUGUUCUCGCAAUUUUCGAGCUGGCAAAUUGCUUUCGUAAUGGUUGGGGUGUGCAGAAGGACCCUGCCGCUGCGAGGCAAUACUAUGAGACAGCAGCGAAUCUGGGUGACACCGAUGCGAUGAAUGAAGUUGCUUGGUGUUACUUGGAAGGAUUUGGUGGAAAAAAGGAUAAGUUCAAGGCGGCUAAGUAUUAUCGACUCGCUGAGGAGAAGGGUUGUCCUACAGUUGGAAUGUCAUGGAUCUGGAAAAAUAAGUACAAUCCUCAAUGA